AUGGUCACGCUAGCUGUAGCUUUUUGCAGAGCGUCGUCUGUAAAUACGUAGCCCUUCCACAAGCGAGGCAAGGGGGGAGAGAGUAUCGUCAGCUAGCAGAGAGAGUGCGUAGCAACUAGCAAUGGCGGAGAACCCUGCUCCGAGUUCCCCGCUAGUGACUUCUCCCGACGCCGCUGCGCCGCCUCUGCCAGCGGAGUUCACCAAGCUCACCUUCCGUAGCCUGUACAUCCGUCGGACAGGUCCAGGCAGCCGGGAGAUGACUGUGGACGGGAGGCCGUCUGACCAGCUGGGACGACGGUUCGUGAGCGACUUUCCCAUAUACGAUGGCCGUGGCUCCGGCGCCCACCUCGUCGCUCGCUUGCAGGGAGUCACUGUCCAAAUCGGCAGCUCGCACCAGCUAGUCAGCAUCGUCUUCGAGGCCGAGAGGCUUAAGGGCUCCACGCUGCUCACCAACGGAGUGAUAACGGAUGGGUCAGACGAGUGGGCCAUCUACGGUGGCACCGGGGUGUUCGCCAUGGCCACCGGUGUCAUACGAAGAAGGUUUCUCGCCGGUAGCAACGACGGGAACUCUGAUGAGCUUACCAGCAUCGAAGUUUUCUGCCCGGCGUUUGGCUCGGCACAACAACAGCCAAACAAGCAGGACUCCGUCUCUGUCACCAAGAUUGGGGUAUGGGGUGGAGGUGGAGGGUCGGCGCAGGACAUCACGACGACGGAGCCACCACAGCGUCUGCACAGCCUCUCCGUUCGAACUGGUUUUGCCGUCGACUCCAUCGAGUUCACGUAUACUGAUAGAGGUGGCCAGAGGCGCACUGCUGGGCGAUGGGGUGGACUUGGCGGCAACCUUCGAACGAUCGAUCUUGGCGACGCCGAGGUUGUCAGGGAGGUCUCAGGAACAUACGGCAUGUUUGAAGGCGCCACCACGCUGACCUCGAUCAGAAUUCUCACCAGCAGCAGAACCUGGGGGCCAUGGGGGAUCGAGGACGGGACACGUUUCUGCAUCACCGCGCCGAUCGGCAGCAGCAUCGUGGGGUUCUAUGGACGCUCGACCAGCAGGCUCGUCGCUGCGAUCGGUGUUUACCUGCGUCAACAACUCUGAUCUGGUCAUCUAGCUAUCAUCGUCGUCCGGUGCUGUCGUAUGUGUGUUCAUGUCAAAUAAAUAAAAGUGGUCUUGUGUCUACGGCUGCCAUCGCCAUGUGCCAAAUAAAUGCCAUGCAUGCAUGUGUCUAAAUUUAUA